AACGACAGAGAAAUUUUCGGCGCGAAAAUCAGAUCUUCGGAGAAGAACCCAAACAACCAGAGUUGCAACGUCAAGUCCGUCGUGCCGGAACGCAGUAGUAAUCGCGCCCGGGAACCAUGAAUCCGACUCUGCUUCCGCCACCCCUGGCGACCGGUGCCAUCGACCUGCUGCAAGAGAUGCUCCUCGAGCGGGGGGCCAUCCGGGCCGACUUUACGCUGUACCAGGACUUUAUGGACGCGCGUCGGGACCUGCUGCUUGUGCCGGAGCAAGGCAAGUGCGACGCCGACGCGGCCCGCUUUCGCAACACCGGCAACCGGCUCUACCUGGACGGGAAGUACGAGGAAGCAUUGGUGUGGUACAACCGGAGCAUCUGCUUCGCGGAGAAGGGGACGGACCAGCUGGCCACGGGAUACGGGAACCGGUCGGCGGUUUACUACGAGCAGGGCGAGUACGAGUUUGCUCUGUACAACAUCGAUCUGGCCAAGAAGCAUGGUUAUCCGGAGAAAUUGAUGCCGAAGCUGCGGGUCAGGGAGUUGAACUGCAAGCAACAGAUUGCCGCUGGACGUUCGAAGGGCACGGUUCCAAGUCCGCGGAUGGACAUCAAUGUGGACACCAACCCGAAGAUUCCCUUCCUGGCCAAGGGAAUAAAGGUUGAUCACCGGCGAAUCCUGAUCGCCGAAAGGGACUUCAAUCCGGGGGACGUGAUUAUGGAUGCGGAACCGCUGCUGACGGCGAUUGACUUCAACCUGUGCUACGAAAACUGCAGCCACUGCGGAGUCAAGUUCAGCAACAGCUUGAUUCCCUGCCCGGGCUGCGUCUUCUUCAUGUACUGCGGCGAGGAGUGUCGGCAGAAGAGCUGGAAGCUGUGGCACCGAUUCGAAUGUCCGGUGGCCACUAAGCUGCGCAAUUUCUCCAAUUUCAAUGUGCUGAACACUCCGCGUCUGUUUUUCUACGGUCUUUCCCUGUUUGAUGACAAUUUGGCCGAGCUGAAGCGGUUCUGCGAGGCGAACGAGGGCGCAGAGUUGAACCGGUUCGAGUUGGAUUACAGCAACUUGGACCGACGUGAGCUGUUCAAAAUUCUGCACAACACGGAGCCUCGUCGCGACGAGGUCGGAGAGUUUAACGGAUACUUGGAGGAAAAGCUGAUUUCUUACGGUUACUUUUUGGUGUUCCAAACGAAUCCACUGAUGGUAUCGGUCACGACUGGCCGACGGAACUUUACGAUCCAAACCUUGAACAAGCUCGCUCGCCUAGCUACCACACUGCUCUCAAACAAUCGCGACUAUCUUGGGCGCAUAAUUUCAUGGAUCUUCCCGGCCAUCCCCGCCAACAUCCACACGUGCGAUCCGAACGCGCACACGGCCUUCGAAUCCGGCCGCAUGAAGAUGGUGCUGUUACGACCGGUUGCUGCCGGCAAACCCAUCGUCGAGUCUUUCGGACCAAGCUGGUGGACUUCCAACCCAGAACCGCGCCCCCCAGGAAUGAGCUGUAGCUGCGCCGCCUGUGACGAUGGGCCACGAGGCCGGGUGUGGCGUGCCCAGCUGCACCGUAAACCGCCUCCGGAGACGGUCAAAGAUUUUGCCGUGGCGGCUCAAGUGUUAAGCAGCGACGACAUCGGCGAUGCGGCCAAGCUGAACGCGCUGCAGCAGUUUAUCAAGCGGAACAGCCACGUUCAUCCGGCGGUUCAAGUGGGACAGAUCUUGGAGCGCUAUCAGCUGCUACUGACCAAGGCGAUUCACGCCGAGCGGGGAGCGCUGAACCGUGCCCAGCUGCAGGCUGCCUACGUUGAGCAGUGAGGAACGAACUCUUCUUUGAGAAAAUUGACUCUGAACUUGAAUUAAAAUGCAAAAACUGAAUUCUCUUGCAAAAUAAAAUUCUUAAAUCAG